AUGGAUGAACACAUCAAGACCUUGCAGGUGCUCUACAAAGAUACCUUGUUGACUCCUGACCUUGAAGACAGCUUCAUGCUUGGCAUCGCAGGGCAGGAAGUUGCCUUGGGCAUUUUGCAGGAAAGUCCCUUCACAGUGCAGACUGGACCUCAGUUGCACCAAAGGUUGAACGGUCCAGCAACCAAUCUCUACUUCCUCAGCCAUGAGAAGCUUGAGGAUCUCUCACAGACGUUCUUCCAGGAUCACACGAAGCUGGUGGAACGCGCCCAAAAGAUCCUUUCGAAUCUCAUGAGCGCUUGGGUAGAGAAGUUCUACAACCGCUGCUUUCCGCGGCUCUUCAGCUAUGCGUCGCAGGAUGCCGACUUUAUGACAGCCCUGGUGGGUUUGAUCUCCAUCCGGGUCAUCAAAGGCUGGGAGUUGCCACUAAUUGGUGGGGUCUUAGUUGCCCUGGUCAUUGUGGUUCUUCGAGGUCAAGGCUUCAAGCCUACUUACAUGAGUGAGUCGGAACUUGUGCUUUUGAGGAGCCAAGUAUCCGACCUGCGAGAUCGAGUGCUGAGUUUGGAGUCCCAAGUCAGGGACCUUCUGCGGCUUCAUCACGGCGCUGAGAGCCCUGUCCCUGACAACUCUUCUGUUGAUUUGGUGUCAUCUGAGGUUACUAGGGAGUUCCCACUGCUGUCUGAAAACGCCAAAGAGGUAUUGGCAGGUCAGUUCCCUCAGUGCCCACCGGCUGCCCUUGAAUUGUGUGCAUUGCUCAGAGGAGGUCAGAUUUCCAAAGAGCAGAGAGCUAGACGAGCGUGGAUUGCUGGGUGCUGGGCCAAGCUGGCCUUGGAAGACAAGAUCCGCUUGCCUGAGCCAGCUGAGCCUAUCGGGCUUUCCAAUACCUGCUUCAUUAUCCUCAGAGCUGCAGGGCAUCAAACCCCCAAGCUUGUGGAGGAUUCAGCCACGUAUCAAAGGAUCUGCCAGGGUCCCACUUGCCGGCCUGUUGGCCACGGCUUCGCAUCGAAGUCAGAGGCAAAGGUUUACUGUCUGGCAGCAGAGAUUGAGUUUCCCAAGAAGGUGACCUACGGCCUCGCGUUGGUGGUGAGAAAGAGACAUGGAGCAGGGGGAGGUGUUUUGUUGGCUCUGCCAGAAAGUUUGACUUCCACCGCUGCACUCUUGGAUUUGUGCACCGGGCAGGCAGAUGCCAUAGUUGGGGCCUUCCACUACUUCGACAUUCCUGCGGUCAGCAAUCAGAAUGGACUUCAGCCUUUGGACUUUUUGGUGACUGUAGUGGUAGUGGAUGUGGCUUUGGAUGCUCUCUCCUAUAUGGUACCGAUGUCUCAGGUUUCAGAAGAAGAGGAUGUGGGGAUAGUUGGCUUUGGAGAAGAUUUGGAUGUUUUGCCAAACUCAGGACUGCUUUUGUCCCGGGUUGCGACCUGGCUCAACGAGCUCACAGAUCAACGCGCAGUUUUCUACUCCGCGGAAGAAGGGGUAGAGGUAGCGGAUUUGGACGGUCAGCCAAUGGAGGAGGAGCAGGAGGAGCCUGGAAUGCAGACCCCGAAGGCGACUGCAGCAAAGCUACCGCCCAAAGCGAAGGAAUCAAAACCAAAGAGGGUUACUACAGCAUCCCUGGCCGAGCAGAUGAGGACUCUUUUGGAGGUGGUGCCUGCUUUGACACAGCAAGUAGAGGCAAUGAGGGUCGAGCAGGAAGCACUCAAAAGAUCUGUGGAGGAAGGACAAGAUCGUCCGGCCCCAAGACCCUCUCAGCUUCCUAUCAGCGCUCCUCUGGCGUCAGUGGCCAAGAUGUUGGGGCAGCCCCCAAGAACCAAAGCAGCGGCCAGGCUAGCUGUGCCUAUGUCUCCGGCGCCAGACCCUCCAUUAGGCAUUCAGGAGAUUGCGGAGGAGAAGAGCCCAAUGGCAGGGGACCCCCUGUCACAUGCAGUCCUCGAGCAGAGCAAAGCUUUGACGGCAUUGGGGGCUCAUCUUCAACAAGGCGGAGAUCCGUUGUUGGACGGGCACGGCACCUCAUCAGGCAGCUCACUAGGUACACGAGGUUCGGUUGGUCGGGAGAAGCUGCAAAGAGAACUCGCGAUGAGGUCAGGAGGUUUCUUUCUUGCAGUCCUCCAAAAUGCUGCUCGGAGGUUGAAACCGGCAUCGAAGAUGCCAGAGACAGUGGAUGCCCUUGCCCAGACAGACUUCUCGAUGGUCCAGUAUCUGGAACGCUUCGGCGGCUACGGUGGAUCGAAAGAACUGGGUUUGAUCCAGUAUGCUCUUGCUCACAUUUGCGAUGCUCUUGUCCAUGGAGAUUCCGAGGGUGCGAAGGAGCACCUAGCUCUUCUUAUGGUGGGGGUGGAACAAGCCUGCAUGGACCAUGGACGAUGGGAACUAGCGUAUCGACUCAUGCUCCUGGACGAGCCCCCAUCCCAACUGUGGUCCUACCGGCAGGCGGGAUACGAUCCCAAGUUGAGGGCGUUUGCCCCUCUUUGCCCUCAGAGAUGGACAACGAUUGCGCUGGCAUACAGCAAAGAGAUAGACUAUAUCCACCAGAAGCGCAGCGAGAUGACUCAUCAGCCCAAGGGCAAUCCUCAAGGCCUCAGCGAGCCAAAGGCUGCCCCGAAGAAGCCUGGAAAGGGCUCGCCAAAGGGGAAAGGCCCUGCAAAGCCCCAAGAGGUUCGAUACAAUGAUGUUGGAGUCCUCCGGCAAGUUCCCUUUCCGUCUUGGGUUGAGCAAUUUGUGCGCCAACUGCUCGGGGCCAAGACUUCAUUUUCAUUUUUCUUGGUACAGAGUUUCAAGUCCUGCCGCAGUGGUCGUGAUGACUUCACUGCUACGGCUCUCUUCCCGAUUCCGUGGCCUUUUCUUGAGAUUACGGAGACGGGCCCGGCAAGACCCAGCCAGAGGAGUCGCCUUUUGAAGGCACAGAAAAAACUGGUUCAUUGUGCAGUGAUGGCAAUGAACUAUGAAUACUUCAGGGCUCCUUUUGCUGUGUUACCCUUGCUCCGGAGGCAGCCUUCAGCCUUACAUUUGCAAGUGUAUCAUAGGCUGAUGGCUUUUGUGAGAGCGUGUGGCCCUUCCUGCAACGUUUCAAUCGCAGGGUGUGGCCGGAAGAGUUUUCAAUUAGAUGCAAGAUUCAAUGAGCUUUUGAAGGGAUUGGAAGGCCUAGGGUUGGAGGCGAAGUCGAAGUACCACUCUGGCUUUGAGGCUGAGGAGGUCCCUUUGGAUGAUUCGAGGUAUGAGGAGCUUAAGCCCUACAGGGAGCUUGAUGCAGGGCGUAUUAAGAUUGCAGGCAAAGGACAGUGGAGGUGCGAGGAAUUUUUGUCGGAUUUCUUGUACAUGCCUUUUGUUGAGCCUAGGGUUUUGCGAUGGAAUGGGAAGCCUCCUUGCGGGAGUUAUCCAAACGUUGAGCAGUGCGAUCCCGAGGAAGUGCUCAAGCUUUGUCUCAUUUGGGAUGCCAACAACCUGCUGACUUUGAUCCCCAAAUGUUAUGGUCCUGCAGACGAUCAGAAGUUUCUUCACACCAGGAUUUUUGGAAACUACAAGCGGAUAGAUGCAGACAGGCAGAUUGGAGACCGGCGUGGAGCUAAUUACGUAGAGGGCAUCCUGCGAGGAGGACCAUCAAGCAACUUGCCCACAGGCCCGUCUUUGCUGCAGCUUGAGGUCCCUAGGUUCUCCAAAGUCCUCUGUGGGUCUGUCACAGACCGUCGAGACUUCUAUCAUCAGUUUGCAGUCCCAUUUGAGAGGGCAUCCACCAAUACGCUAUUUCCAGCGUUCAAUGCAGCAAGGUUUGUAGGUACAAGAGCACAUGAAGAGUAUGCUUUUCAUUUUUCACCGCAGAGCAAGAAGAAGGCACGAGAAGAUGUGGGAGAUUUUUUGGGCGAGCCUCAGCCCUUGCUGGUUGAAGGCUCCUCCGAAGGAGAGGUUUAUGCGUGUUUUCAAUCUUUGCUGCAAGGAGACCAUUUGGGUGUCGAAUUUGCAUGCGAUUCUCACGGGAGGUUGCUGGAGGAGCAGGGCUGUAGGGAUCCUCUCAGCAUCUUGCAGUCUGACGAAGCAGUGAUCCACAAUGAUCCAGCGACUGGCCUUGUGAUUGAUGAUUUCUUCAUUGUCAGUGUGGAAGAUAGGAUCUUGGCUUCUGGUGACAGACUGCUGAAGCAGGGCAAGUCAAGCCAGGUUUUGGACAAGGCGAAGGAUGUCUAUGCAUCAGAAGGGAUCACAGGAUCAGAUGACAAAGAGGUGCGUGAUGCGCUUGUCUUCAGAGCGGUUGGAGCUGAGAUCAACUCCUCUACAGUUCUUGUGGACAGAGGCCUUGUUAGCAUUGGUGCUCCCCUUGACAAGAGGCGAUGUUUGAUGGCUCAUGUCAACGAUUUGUUUCAAGUCAUCGCCCCAGAGGAGUUGGAUACAUUGAGGCCUAGGUUGAGGAGGUUGCCAAGGAAAGCCGCAGAAGAGCUCCUAAUUUUAGCGACACUGGCUCCAUUUGCUGCCAGCAACAUUGCAGCACCUUUUGCGGAUCGCAUCUAUGCGUCAGACGCCUCAACUGGAAAGGGAGGAUUUGUGCGAGCACCUGUCCCGCAGGAGAUUGCCAAGAUCCUUUGGCGUACUGCUGACAGGAAGGGGAAGAAUGUUGCCCUUCCGUCAAAGACAGCUGCCCUUCACUCAUACCACGAUGAGUCCUUUGAGUUCUUUGAUGAACCCCUCCCGGCCGGAGACGGGGAAAGUGCUGAGGAGGUGGAAAGGCCAAUUGGUUUGUACUUUGAGUUUAUUGAAGUUUUUGGAGGAGCUGGCGUAGUCACAAAGCAUCUGGUUGCACUGGGUGUCGUCUGUGGCCCUAUUCUUGAUCUUUCCGAGAGUUUGCAGUAUGACCUGAGGAAGUGCAGAGUAUUCUCUUGGCUUUGCUUUAUGAUGGAGAAUCAUAGAUUGAGAAGUUUUUUGGCAGCUCCUCCUGGCACAACGUUUAGCCCAGCUGCGCACCCUGCCCUCAGAAGCUACCUGAUGCCACUGGGUUUUGACAGGCUGCAUCCUCGGGUGCUCCAUGGAAACCAACUUGCUUUUGCUAGCUUGGGGUUGAUGACGGUGGCAUUGCGGAUGGACGUGUACGGGAUGACAGAAACUACAAGAAGAUCCAAGCUGCGCUGGACCCCUAUGUGGCGGCGGCUGUUAGCCAGAGGUGCUCAGGAAGUCAUCCUUGCGUCCUGCGCCUUUGGUAGCCCCCACCAGAAAGAGUUUGCUUUCAUGAAUGUGCACAUGGAUGUGGACCACCUUCACAGGAAAUGCCCACGCAAUCAUGUUCACAUCAGAGUGGAGGGGUGCUACACCAAGGCCAGCGCGACAUAUACUGAAGGUUUGGCCAUCGAGCUUGCAAAGGCUUUCAGGGAUCAUUUGAGGCCUCUCAACGCUCAUUGCGACAUUGAGGAGAAAAAAGGGCUUGAGGAUAUCAUGUCCAACGAUCUCUCUACGUAUCCUCCGACCAUUGGACUUAGGUCGCGCCUUGACAAGGUCAUGUCAAGACUUGGCCUUCCGACUACGACAAAGAGCAAAGUCAAACCAAUGACGCUUUCAAGUUUCAGACCUGGAGGAGGUGACAAGAUUUGCCGCGAGGGUGAGCCUGGCAACUUCGGACGUGCUGUGGCCCAGCGUGGCAAGGCCAACAUCAUCCGGUUGUCAGGUGCCAAGGUGCUGAGGCAACGCAGAGAUGACGUGGCAAUUCUGCGGAUUUAA